AUGACAGUGUCUCAAGCCUUCAUGACGUUUCAGAUUGAGCAUCCUGAUGAAGUGAUUGGCCGAGCAAAGUUUUUCAAGUUACGACCAAAAGAGGUCAACAGUAGAUCAACCAACGAAACUCCUGAUCGUCGGAAUUUAAGGAAUUGCAAGUUAUCCUCGGACCACCCAGUGGAAGACGAGGAAGACGACAAAAACACCGGAGAAUCAGAAGAGAGUGACGGAGAUAGUGAUGAACAAUCGUCGAAUGAUGACGAUGUGUCAAUUACCAACAGCGAGAAUGAUGUUGAAUCUAUGGAUGAAGAACCAGUUGAUGAUGCUGAGAGUCUUUCGUACCAGCAGGAUGAGGCGAUGAAGAAAUUAUCCCAUGUAUUCAAGCUAUUGAAUUUAGGCCCAAUUCAUGACAGGUCGGCAGUUUGUCCUAUUCGAUUGAAAAUCGACGAAAUUUAUCGAGAGCUCCAUCAGUUGUGCGAUGUACUGGAAGGCGGAAACGAGUGUUCGCGUGGUCCGAAUCCACAUGGACUAUUGGUUUCUGAGUCGAACGAACUCUUGGAUGGUUUAAAGAUGCUCUUCAGCAAUGGUUCUGACCAAGACCAAGUUCGUCUGAUGACCAUAGCUCCGAAGAUAUGGGGUCGUCAAAAGACGGAAAAGUGUAUGGCGACAAUAGAAUUCAAGGGAUUGAGUCUUCCAGUUAUGGACGACGAUGAUAAUUGGACUCGUAGAUUUCGAAGCAGUGAUCGAACUAAACCAGAUAUUGUUAUUGACACGAUCCAUAUCCAUCCUAGUUCUCACACCUUUGAUUCAAAGAAAGGUUAUGUCGGUCUCAUUGUCUACUUAUGUGAUGACAAGAAUAAUUUUACACUUCGAGGUGUGCAUUGCAGAACAGAAAAAAAACUGGGUUUUGUUGGCGCUGGCUUUUCAUAUCGUCAUGGCGAAUGGAAAUGGAAUUCGGGCACACUCAAUACAAUCAAUCCGAAUAAUAAUGAUGAUACAUAUCAUAAUACUAAUAGAGCGCUCAAUGAAUAUGAAGAACAACUUCUACAAAAAGUCAUUAAUAAUCUAUACGAAAAUCAUCGAUGGCGAAAGAUGGAAUCUAAUGAUCGUGUUAGUAUCGAAGCAUUGAACGCAAUGAAAUCAGCCACAAACUCUUCAAAGAACGAUAAAAAUACUGUCGAUCCCAAACAUGUGAAGGGCGAACGAAAACUUCAUGGCAAAGUGAUAUGGUUUAAUUACAAACAUCGUUAUGGAUUUAUCGAAUGUCUUGGCUUUGAUGAAGACAUUUUCGUGCAUUCUUCAGCAAUGCAAAAUUGGCGAUCUUUGUAUCGUGGUGUAAAGGUUCAAUUUAAUGUUGUUAAUGGACGUCAAGGACAUCAAGCAGCAAACGUUACUAUCAUCGAGUGA